UGGUGAGUAGGUGAGGGGCGGUAGGUGACGGAGCGAAAUUGGACCCGGACCCGGACCCGGAUCCGGAUCACAUCAUUAGAAUUGCGGGUCGGGUCUGGAUCCAGGAGAAGGCCCUCGAUCUCCUGGAGUUCACUGGGACCGUGACCAAGCCAUUCCCGGCCCCAAGGUCGGACCGAGCAAACUUCCGUGCCUUCUCGCGGCGCCUGUGGCGUGGAUGGGUUUGUCUUUCGUAAUUGGCUUUGUGAAGGCCCUGAGGAAGUUCACUUCGCCUAGAGCACAGCGCAAGAGAUUGGUAAAUAAGAACGUUUUCUUGUUAAAAUCGAUAGAUGAGUUGUUUCUGAAGGGCAAGGAUGAAGUAAACAACUCCGCUCUCAAAGAUCUUAUGCAAAAGACGGGUUUCAGCAUGGAAGAUAUUUUAAGAAAGUACAUUCGAUAUGCUUUGAAUGAAAAGCCCUUCAACACUGACCUGGUUGUAGAUCUCAUACAUCUUAGAAAAUCAUCACUGUUGGAAGAUGCUCAAGUUGCAGAAAUUUUAAAUGAGGUCUCAAGACGAACUGUUAAAGAUAAAGGUGCUGUCACUACCUUAGUUCUUCUUUUGUGUGAUUGUACCUGUAUUGUUUCCUACUUGGUAGUGUUACCCACUUGAAGGAUGCUUCCUAUGGCAACUUCCUGAAAUUUGGGUAACUUUGUACUGCAUUGUUCUGUACUUUCUUUGUGUUUACUUGUCUUUUUUCCUUUGCAACUUGAUCUUUUAUUUCCUUUUUUUAAACCCUUUAAGAGUAAAUAGGCAAGUUGGAAUUCUUUAAUGUUGCUAUACUAACAAAUAAUAUGGUGAUAAAUAUGAUUGACAAUUCUGACAUCUUUGUUGCAAAUACCCAAACUUGGGUUUCAUGCUGAAUUCCUUCUAUCAUUUAUCACAUGAUGAAUUAUGUGACUAUUUGGUUACACAUUCUGAUGAAUUAUGGUAGAGGUCAUAACACCAUAGUAACUGGUUUUAUAUUUGUUUUCUUUGGAAUUCCAAAUAAAUUAUAGAUAUUUGUUUGUAGUCAUUCAAGCAUAGAUUAUGGUGCCUGAUGUAUUCUGUUUUACUUACCAUACUUGUAAUGAACAAACAAAAGUUCUUGCUGCUACCUGUGCUGGUAUGUAGAAUGUGGACUAAUACUCAUGCCAGUACAUGGCACAAUAAUAACCGUGUCAGACCCCUAUUCAUACAAUGCCAAAAGCCAGUUAGUAUGCCAUGUAACAUGGCACCCAAGUCCAUGAUUUCGAUUACUUAACCAUAGACAAUUUCAAUCAGAACUAAAUUGGGAAGUCCUUACUGUAGGCUAUCCAACUCUCUUCUGUUCACCUAUUUAGGUUGAGCGAUAUAUAAUCUUUAACAGUCCUAGUUCUCUUUGUUUGACUGUGUUGAUAUGUAGUUUAUUUUAUGGUUAAUUUAAUUUAAUAUCUCUAUUUAGGUAGGUAAAAUAAUAACAGAGACAUGCAUCGAUUUGAGUGUAAAACCUUUCUUAAUAUUUGGUUUUAAUAUUUCAUUCUGUUAAUGUGCUAUUAUCAUAGUGCAAAAUGCAUCUAUGAGGAAAUCCCAUGGAGUCGUAAAACUUAUUUAACUAGCAAAAGAAGACUUUCUUUAUGUUCUCAAAUUUCAGUUAUCCAUGUUUAUCCCUUCCAGGGCCUGCCGUAAUGGACCUAUCAGGUUUCACAGAGAAUGGUUUCAAGUGAAAGCUCGCUGUUCAAGCAUUAUUUGGGAAAAUUUUCUACCUGUCUACGGUUCGUUACUCAUGAAUAUAAUAGUGUGUUUGAGAAUAUCAAAUUUCUCAUCUGACCUAAAGGGGAAAAAUUCUCAAACGUCUUUUACAUUUACUUUUAAUAUAUGAAAUUGGUCAUUUUUUAUUUACUUUUUCUCGCAUCUUUUACAUUCUUCGGUUUCUUCCAAUUUGUGAGUUAGUCUUAGCUCUGUUGUUUAAUAAGUCCAUAUUGGCCUUAACUGAUGACUCACAUGGAUUCUUGCUAGAAACCUCAAGCACAAAUUGAUUUUCUUUUGUAUGGUUUUAGUAUACCGGUUUACCAGUUCUAAAAAGCUAUGCUAACCUAAGCUGGUACCUAAAUUUGCACCUUUGUCCAGCUUCCAGAGUUCUGCUCAAGAGACAGCUCACUUAUUAUUAAGGAAAUAUUUGGUGUUAAAGAGUAUGGCUACUUCCCACAUGCAUAUAUGUGUUCCACUUCAUUUACUUUCAAAUUUUUUGACAUUAUUUUGCUCCUUGCAGCGAUGAUGCAGACACUCUUCGCAUGCACACACUUUCUGAGAUUGAUGAUGUUGAAUCAAUGAAGAAGAUGGUUGAUGAUUCUGUUUUGGAAGGUCACUGUGAAGAGUCACCAUCUACUGCUUGAAGUAUAAAAAACAAGUCACCUGAAGUUUAUGAAACCAGGACAGGACAGUCGCGCAACUUUUGCUUGAUAUAGCUGUUAUCAUUUCCUAGAUAAACCUGUUUUGGGCAUCCAAAAGAACAUCUUGAUGGUAAAUAGGCGAAAAAUGAAAUAGAAAGAUCCAAGAGAUGAAAUUUUGUAGAGUGAUAUCUUAGCUUUUCAGUACAAAUUUACAAUAGACAUGCCUGUUGUACCAAUAAAUUUUCUCAAAGGAAGAUGAGA